AUGUCCCUGGCCAACAAUCAACCUGACGGCGCCGCCACUCCAUCCCCAACCCGCCCCGGUUCAGCCUGGACAAACACUUCUCUUUUCGCUGAUUCCGCCAUUAGUAUGCGGACCCGAUCACCAGCUCCUCUCGAGAAAGAAUCGAGUUCUUCGCAGCCUGGCGAAACGGAAGACGAUUCUGCGAUUGCUGACCGCCUCAAUGGUCUAGUCUCUGAAAUUUGGGCGUGCGAGCAGGAUGCAGCGAUUCGAGGUCAAAAGAGACGGAGGAUCGAGAAAGCCAUGGACGAGAUUGAGGCUGCAUUGGAGGAGGAAUCGCUGGCCAGCGAAGAGAGCGAUUGCGAGACAACACAUCAAAGUCAAUCCGCACCGUCACCUCUGCCUGAUACGUCGAGUGCCACAGAGGCUGAUCUUGAGCUCAUUCGCGUACACCUGACCUCUACGGUUGACUCUAUGCGCAUGCGACAGCAGGAACAACGACAUUUGCACCAGCUGACAGUCGAAAAGCUCGAGGCAGUCGCGCAGCGCUGUAUCCAACAAGAGCGGCGGGUACGAGAGUUCGCCGAAGAGAUAGUCACCCUCAGGAAGCAGAAUCGCGACCUGACCCAGCACAAUGACAGUCUCCGAAACAGACUGAGGGAAGCCCAAUCCGAAUCAGCCAAGAAGGAGACAGCGGUGAAAGCCAUGUCGAGCGCAGUGUCCGGUCUAGAAGGAUGGAUUAAUGGUUCCCCAACACCAAACCGACCCUCUCAAUCACGGAAAAUUGUCACCAGAGGCCGAGGCAGGUUUCGUGGGCGCUACUAUGUGGAGGAACCAGUUGAAUCUCGAGGCCACUCUGGGUUCGACGGGCCCUCCGAUGUGAGGGCCUUGCAGGAGGGUGUCACGGCGUGGCUUAGAGGUUUCCGUGAUGUAGAGGAGGAGUUGAGGUCGUCACAGACCGCCGCUAAAGUUCCUCGUGCAAAGGACUUCAAAACUAUCCCUGAAGACAGUGAUAAUGAAUGGGGUGAAUUUGAGACAGCAACUGGAGUCUGA